GGCGGCUCGGCCGGCAGCGGUUACCCAGGGUUUCCGGUGCGAGGCCAGAGCGGGCGAAGCUGUCGGGAGGUCGGCAGUGAGGUGUGUGUCGCGGAGGCUGGGCGGACUAGGCGACCAGAAGGAUCUGCUCCCAGCCUAGCAUUGCAAACCACAAUGAAGAACCAAGACAAAAAGAAUGGGGCUGCUAAGCAGUCGGGCAACACUUCCAACCCAAAAACCAACCCAGGGCAAGCGGAAGCAGGACCAGAGGGAACCCAGGGGCGGCCCAGCCAGCCGGCUCCUGCGACAGAAGCCGAAGGUUCCUCCAGCCAGGCUCCGGGGAAGACUGAGGGAGCACAAGCCAAAACUGCUCAGUCUGGGGCCCUCCGUGAUGUCUCUGAGGAGCUGAGCCGCCAGUUGGAAGACAUCCUGAGUACAUACUGUGUGGACAACAAUCAGGGGGGCCCAGGUGAGGAUGGGGCACAGGGUGAGCCUGCUGAACCCGAAGAUGCAGACAAGCCCCGGACCUAUGCUUCGCGGAAUGGGGAGCCUGAGCCAGAGACCCCGGUAGUCAAUGGUGAGAAGGAGACCUCCAAGGGGGAGCCGGGCACAGAUGAGAUCCGGGCAAGUGACGAGGUCGGAGACCGAGAUCACCGAAGGCCCCAGGAGAAGAAGAAAGCCAAGGGUCUGGGGAAGGAGAUCACGUUGCUGAUGCAGACACUGAACACGCUGAGCACCCCAGAGGAGAAGCUCGCAGCUCUGUGCAAGAAGUAUGCCGAACUGCUGGAGGAGCACCGGAACUCCCAGAAGCAGAUGAAGCUGCUGCAGAAGAAGCAGAGCCAGCUGCUGCAGGAGAAGGACCACCUGCGUGGGGAGCACAGCAAGGCCGUCCUGGCCCGCAGCAAGCUGGAGAGCCUGUGCCGUGAGCUCCAGCGUCACAACCGCUCACUCAAGGAAGAAGGUGUGCAGCGGGCCCGGGAGGAAGAGGAGAAACGCAAGGAGGUGACCUCACACUUCCAGGUGACGCUGAACGACAUUCAGCUGCAGAUGGAACAGCACAAUGAGCGUAACUCCAAGCUGCGCCAGGAGAACAUGGAGCUGGCAGAGAGGCUCAAGAAGCUGAUCGAGCAGUACGAGCUCCGGGAGGAGCAUAUCGACAAAGUCUUCAAACACAAGGACCUGCAGCAGCAGCUGGUGGAUGCCAAGCUCCAGCAGGCCCAAGAGAUGCUGAAAGAGGCAGAGGAGAGGCACCAGCGGGAGAAGGAUUUUCUCCUCAAAGAGGCAGUGGAGUCCCAGAGGAUGUGCGAGCUGAUGAAGCAGCAGGAGACCCACCUGAAGCAGCAGCUGGCCCUAUACACAGAGAAGUUUGAGGAAUUCCAGAACACUCUUUCCAAAAGCAGUGAGGUGUUCACCACAUUCAAACAGGAGAUGGAGAAGAUGACCAAGAAGAUCAAGAAGCUGGAGAAAGAAACCACCUUGUACCGGUCCCGGUGGGAAAGCAGCAACAAGGCCCUGCUUGAGAUGGCUGAGGAGAAAACACUCCGGGACAAAGAGCUGGAGGGCCUACAGGUGAAAAUCCAGCGGCUGGAGAAGCUGUGCCGGGCGCUGCAGACAGAGCGCAACGACCUGAACAAAAGGGUACAGGACCUGAGUGCUGGUGGCCAGGGCUCCCUCCCUGAUGGCGGCCCUGAGCGAAGACCAGAGGCUGCAACCGCCUCCAGGGAUCAGGGUUGUGAGGGUCCUGGGGCCCAGUCACCAAGCUCCCCGAGGGUCACAGAAGCUCUUUGCUGCCCUGGAGCAGCGAGCACAGAAAUGCCCGGCCAAGCAGGGCCCCAGGAGUCCACCUCCACCACCGCCUAGGGAACCUGGCACGGGGGGCGUGCUGGGAACGGAGCAAGCAGCCCAGCCAGGCCUGGCCCAGGCAAGGCUCCCACCGCUAGGCAGUCCAGUGCUGAGGCCCAGGGUGCUCCGACCUGGCUGACAUCUGACACUUUGCAGUUUUGGAUUUUGUGGGUCAGUUUUCCAUACGUAUGGCAUAUGUGCAAGGCCUCCUACAUUUCUAUAUCUAAGUGGAACAUGGGCUUGCACUGGAGGUGGGGGUGUGCACGGGUGAAGUCACUGGCUCUUCUGUGAGCUGAAGAGUCUUAAAGAGGAGCUGCCAUCUGUAACUGCUGUCACAGUGAGCUGGCAGGACAAGUGACUUGAGCAUUCCCCUGUCUGACUUGAGGCUCAGAUCCCCCCCCUUCCUGCCCUUCAGGGCUUGUGACAAAUGACACACUUAGGCCUUGACUGUGUUUCCCUCGUUAGCAGGGCUUGGGCAGCUCUGGCUUUCCUAGCUCCCCUGGAAGCUCCUUUGCUUCUCUUAACCUGGAGAAGGGGGUCCCUGGGCAGGGCCUGCAGAGCUGGGGAUCCAGCUGCUGUCCUGCUUUGGACGGGGGACCUGGAGAAAGUUGCUGUGGGCUGGUACACGGUUAGGGAGCCCUCAGGUGAUGCCAGGACCAGGCCGGCAAUGCUUUUCAGUAGCCUUAUCAUUCACAGGUGCCUCUCUAGCCUGCACAAAUGAUUGACAAGACAUCACCCAAAGGAUGCUUUCUGAAGGUUUCUGUUUUUUGUUUUUGUUUUGCACAUGACAGUGUGUGUAUUGAUCUGAGGAAGAAGGAGGGGUGCUGGCGCAGUUGGCCUCCAGUGCCCCCCACCCUCAACACCCCACCUGGUAUCUUUGCCAUGUUGGUGCUGAGCUUUCCUGUCGGUGAAAUCAGAUUGCGGUUAGGAGGAAGAGAAGGGCAUCUGAUGGUUUUGCCACAAGCUUGCCUAUGUGUUUCAGUCCUGGGAGGCCACUGCUGAUGCCCAUCACCGCUGUCUCCAUGUGGCAGUUGCUGGGCCCCGUGCCCAACUGUCCCCUUGGCUUUUAGGAGUCUGUUUCUGCUUCUAACCCCACCGUUAAUGUGCAAUCCUUGAGAUUUGCCCUGGUCCCAUUGCCUAAAGAAUAAGCUGAAGUAUGUCCUUGAUAUCUCGGUUCCUGUGUGGAAGCCCCCAGCUCUUUGUCUGACAGCUGAGGGACAGAGACUUGACAGUUGAUGAGCCUCAGAAAUCCGCAGGACGGCUGCAGAUACUUGGGUCUGGUGCCCCCACACUCCCCCAGUACUUGCUGCUCUAGACUGAAAGUUUUGCCAGUUGCAUAUUCAUCAGUCUGUACAGAGCAAUUUUCUGGAACAACUGAAUGAGGCACGGGUUGGGAAGCUGGGCUCUGGUGGGCUUGAGGUCCUACACCCGCCUCCAGCCGGGCCUCGGCUGCAGUGUAGCUGAGGGAGCUGUGGACCUACAGGCACAGGAUGGUGGAGCUUUGGUUUCUUGCUGGAUUUCCUUGAAGCUAGUUCAUUAUCCUGCAGGUCUGUUCAUCUUCAACAACCAGCCUGCUCUCCAUGCCUUUCACUUCAGUCCCUCACAUAAACAGGUUCAUGAAGGGUGCUAAGUGCGCGUGAAACAUGUUAACGACUUAGACCAGAGAUGGCACGGGAACGGCACACCGUUUUUCCUCUGCCCCCAUGGCAGGAAGCAGUGCUUGGCCUCGGAGUGUUUCCCGCUAAUCCCUGCUGUAGCCUGCUCUCAGGACCCCCCUGGCAGCCAGGAGGAGUGUUGAGACCUAUUUGCCAUCCCUGGCUGAGCUCCUGCUCUCCUGUGAACAAGUGUUUCCCUAAGAUCUUGCCCUCUGAAAUGGCUAUAUCUGGAAUGGUCCCUGGAUCUGCCGUGUCCUUCCCCAAUAAGGCCUUCUUCCCCCCUCCCCCCCCGCACUCCCCCCCCCCGCCCCGCCCCGGCCUUGUGUCAGGCUGAGACACACACAAACUGCCAACCACGUACAGGCUGUGCUGCACUCUGGAAGCGCAGGGAAGAGGCAAGCUUCUGCCUGCCCGGUUUCAAGAGCAGGAGGCCUGCAGUAGCCCACACGAUUGCCUUGCUUGCUUCAGCUACCUCGUAGAGCCCAUGGGGUUGAGGGGGACGACUGUGGGAGCCCAGGGUGGUGGUGUGGGGGACCACGGCAUAGCCGCCCCUAGAGAGCCAGUGUAGUUACCGUGGGGCUGCAGUGAGCAAGGUGGCCCCAGCCAGGCUUCCUGCAUCCAAAAUCCAGGCCCUGGGCAAGUAGAACCUUUGCCCUCAGCUCCAGCCAUGUCUAGGCGUACAGGCCAGGCUACAGUUAAGGCUCCCACUGUCCCUUUCCCUCUUCUCUCCAUUGACCAAAUCACACUAAUCACUACAGCUGUUCUGCUUGUUCUGCUUUCCAAAGUCCGCCCAGGUACCUGGGGCCGCCCUCGCCAGCCAUGAGCCCGGGCCAGAUGCAGGGAAGGUGGCCUAUCUGGAUGAAGGCCAGUAUCUUCCUCACCAGGGCAGGGCCCGAGCACAUGACCUCAGUUUUAGGACCAAGCGCUGUGUUGGAUUCUUAGGUUGCUAGCGUUUCCUCCAGGGGACCAUUGCCGGUGAGGCUCACCGCCCAGAGCCCUUGGCCCUGCUGACGUAAUGUGUGCCCCGGACGUUGCUGGGCUGAGAGCCUCAUGUACACCAGGUUCCCGAGAGGUAUCGGCAGCACUUAGCUUUCAUUUGUUUUCCAUGAGGUUUUUGGACCAUGGGCUGAGCUCAGGCACUUUCUGUAAGAGGAUGUUCUGUCUGUAAAGAUGGUUAUCUCCGCUCCCAUUUCAGUGGCCCUGCUGAGGGCCGACCGAGAGGCCAGUGGAACUGCCCUGGUGGCUGUGGGGGAGGCCAAAGCCUACUGAGCUGAUUCUCCAGCUGCUGCCCCAGGCCUCCCACCUGAGCAGCGCAGAGGCGGCCGCCCCAGGGACAGCCGGGCACCUGCCUGGGGGAGGGGUGCUGCCUUCUGUCCCUGUAACUGCUUCCCAUAUGGCCCGACCUGGCCACCCAGAUUUGUUUUAAAGCUGUGCUGACAGCCUUUUUUGGUCUCCUUUUGGUAUUCACAACAGCCAGGGACUUGAUUUUGAUGUAUUUUAAACCACGUUAAAUAAAGAGUCUGUUGCCUUA